AUGGCUUUACCUUUCAUAGCCGAAUCGGCGGCGUCGGCGAUCAUCGAGAAUCUCGUCAGCACUUGCUCAUCCUACCUCGAGGUGUACCCGGCGGCCGGCGGCAUGCAGGACGAGCUCGAACGGCUGCAGCACGCCCUUCCGCAGGUCCAGGCAGUCUUGACUGCGGUCGAGGAGGGUGCGAUGGUCAUGGCGCAGAACAAGGCGCUGGAUACGUGGCUGUGGCAGCUCAGAGAUGCUGUGGAGUGCGCAGAGGACGCGCUCGACGAGCUGGAGUACUACGAGCUAGAGAAGAUAGUACAAGAUCGAGAUGACGAGGUGCGUGGCAUUCUCUCUAAAUGUAGGAGAAAGUUUGACAGUUUCGUUAAUCGUAUCUUUAGCGAUGACACACUGAAGAGGUUGAGGGAGGCCGUCAAGGGGUUGGAUCGGGUCGUUGACGGUAUGGGGCCACUCCUUCAACUUGUUACUGGGUUAUAUGGCCCUGGCGUUAAGCGUCGUAAGAUUGAGGAAGUCCGGAAUGCUCGCGAGACUAGCUCCUUGUUAACCGAAAGUGAGGUGCUCGGACGAGACGAGGAGAGGCACUUGAUAGUCGAAUGGUUGAUCAAACCGAGAGAUACGGACGUCUCUGCUUUUACCAUUGUUGGUAUGGGUGGGUUCGGGAAGACUACCAUUGCUCAACUAGUUUAUAGCGACGACAGAGUGCGAGAGUACUUUGACCCGAUUAUGUGGGUUUGCGUUUCUCAAGACUUUGAUGCAACUGUGAUAACAAGAAAGAUGUUAGAAGGUGCAAGUAGUGAGAGUUUUGGCGACAAGAGUCUAAAUGCGCUCCAUUAUAUCCUUAAACAGAAAAUUUUGUCGAAGCGCUUUUUGCUCAUGCUAGAUGAUGUUUGGAAUGAUGAUAAUGCGAUAGAGUGGGAGAAAUUAGUUGCUCCUUUGAAACUUGGACAAAGAGGAAGCAAGAUCCUUUUGACAACUCGAAUGGGUUCAGUUGCAGAUAUGGUGGCAAAAGUGAUGCAAUGUAAAAAGGAAUCUUUAAAUCUAAAUGGGUUGAAGGAGAGCGAUUGUAUGUCGCUUUUCAAUAAGCACGCUUUUCUUGGUGUGAACCCAGAUGAUUAUAAAAACUUGCAAUUGAUUGGCAAGCAGAUAGCAAAGAAGCUUGGAGGAUGCCCAUUGGCAAUAAAGGUUAUGGGAGGGCUCCUAAACUCCUGCAUGGAUUAUGGCUAUUGGAAAAGAAUCUUGAAAGAAGACAUUGUGGAAUUGCAACAUAGAAAGGACGACAUCAUGACAAUUUUGAGAUUAAGCUACGAUCACUUAUCGACAAACUUACAACUCUGCUUUAGAUAUUGUAGUAUAUUUCCACAAGAUUACAUGCUUAAGAAGAAAGAGUUGGUCUAUAUGUGGAUGGGUUCAGGUCUGAUUCCGCAGUCUAUAUGUGGAAAGCGGAGGCCAGAAGAUAUCGGAGAGGAAUAUUUAGAUCUCCUGACAAGAAAAUCAUUCUUUACUCGCAAAACCAAUGAUUAUGGGUUUGAAAUUUCUAAAUCUUAUGUUAUGCACGAUCUGCUGCAUGACCUAGCACAAUCUGUUUCUCUCGGAGAAUGCAUCAGAAUAGGAGGUGAUAUUGUAGGAAAUACUAUUCCACGGACAGUUCGACAUUUAUCUGUUGAAAGCACAAAUCUUCUUUCCAUUAGAGAGAUCUCCAAUCUUAAGAACUUGCGCACUCUUGUCGUAUCUGUUGAAGAGAAUCAUGAGCAUAAUACAGAUCAUUUACUUGUGUUUAGUGAGGCUUUAUCACCUACAAUUCCUGAAGCUCUUGACUUUUGGAAUAGGCACGUAUAA